GCGUAUUAGUCAUCCGAGUUGGUCUGAGGUUGGGCGUGCUAGUCAACGGGUGGGAAUACAAUGGCGUCCGCAAAGAACACAUCCACAAGCGUUGGACCAUCUGCCCCCGGGGAGGGACGAUCUGUACAGCAACCUAUUCCUCAGUAUAUGCACGCAAAGGGAGCACAAUGGUUUUUGAACUUCGUUGUUCAGGGGGACUUUUUUGGGCCAGUUGUUUUCAUGCUACCCACUUGCGUUACAGACGCUGGGGGAGCGGUCAACGUUGUUCCUCUCGGUACCGUCGUCUCGUGCGCUAAGACUCCUGGAGGUUUGCUCAAGCUGCACACUAACGGCUUGUACGACGAGUGCAGACUGCCUAUCAGAGGUGUUAAAGGUGUGCUGGUGACCAUCAAGAGUUUAGCGAGGUACGGCUCGAACAUGCCGUUGUGCUCUCACUUCAAAGGCCUUUACGAUGGCGGCAACAAGCGUCUUCCAUCGCCAGAGCAAUAUCUCGAUCUCGCGAUGAUGGUGCCGAAAGAACGCCCGGUUCUUCCGCCAGAGCAUGUUUUCCGGCUUCUGCCACCCCGUGAGGGCCGUGAGGGGUCGUCCGACUUGGCUAAAAAAACUCCAAGUACGGCAGUGGGGUGCGGGAGUCCGAUUCAAGAUGUUGGGGGUCAGGUCAAGGGACGCAACGUUCACACGCAGGUCGGCCGGGAUGCUCCUAGGAACACGUCGGACUUGCAUUCUCAGGGUACAGGGACUCAAUGGGUCGGUACUCCGAAACUUACCAAGGUCCGCUGCGGCGACGACACGUAUUCGCUUCGAGAUGAGACGAUAAGAGAUUCAAGCAGAUCGGGGCUAGAUGUCGGAGGGAAUGAGGCUGAAGGGAUGGGCGCUGUCUGCGAAAGCUCUGGCGGGGAGCAGACUCCUUCGGAGAAGAAGAGCGAGCGACAGAGGAUGGUGCAAGAGGAGGUGGCGGAAGGAACCCUCCGCAUGAAGAGGAUGAGAGGAAAACCAGAGGCGGUGAUGGGCGGGGAUGGAGGUGACGACGGAGAACGUGCCUCGGGAAAGAGGCCGACGAAGGAAGACGGUGGGRCGGCAAACGCUGCGGCCGCGGGAGAACCUUCGGGGAAAUCGAAACGGAAAGUGGCAGUUGAAGAAGGCAAUGGCCAGAAGAAACCUCGAAGGUGGAAGACUGCUGAGGCGGUGAGCGGGGGCGAACGGCCUGUCGGUGAGGAGUGCGACGAAGCGGCAGCGUUCUGGCUCGAAUAUGAGCGGAACGAUGGUGGUGAGAUCGUGGAGAAGGAGCUCCCCGUCCAACUGCUCAUCGACCCCAGGAAGGUUUGCGACAUCCCGUCUUGGGAAAAAUAUUACAACCACCGCAGUCUAAAUCGGAAAACUGUGGACGACAUCAAGGCUGCGAUGCUGAGUCAAUACCGCGAGAAAAGGGGGAAUAUCUGGACGAAAAACCCUUUGGUUAUGGCACCCAUCUACAAGUCGGUGACGCGUAGGCCGGAGAUAGCGAACAGGGUUCACAAAGAUGACUUCAAGCCGGAGGACAAGGACAAGUACUACUAUUACCCUGUUAACGGACAACACACCGUGGCUGCUGUGAAGGAGUUGGAGGGUGAGCCAAUAUUCGAUUUGUGGAAGAUGCACUCCUGGGCGGCGAGAGUAGUGUGGUUCUCCGACCGAGCUUUCGCGGGGUAUAGGCAGGUCAGUCUCAACGAGAACACGAGACACAAGAUGUCUAAGCAGCGAUCGCAGAAGGCCACGUUCUUGGACAUGCGGGAGGCAUGGGAAAAAGAAGGAACGUCGAUGGCCAUUCAAGGGAACCCUUUCGGUAAGGAGGCCGAAAAACAAAAGUUUUUCGAAUUCCAGAAGCUGCUUUUGGGAAAGAGCCCGAACGAAGCUCACUGGACGUUGGCAAAAAAAGAUUUGUCGCUCGCCGACAAGGACUCUGUUGCUGCCGUUUGCAAUGCAUUGAGGCAGUGGAUGCCGGUCGUGACGGCCGGUGAUGACGUUUUUCGCAAAGCCAUGGAGUUCUACGCGAAAUGGGCGGAGGGGAAGUUGUUGGGCGGCGACGGCAAAACGCCAUUGUCGAGGCCGGGUAAAUACAUGCCAGACAAAUCUCCGGGUCUGCAAGCAAUUCCUGAAAUUGGCAUGAAAGCGGCGGAUGGUGAAACGAAGAUGGGGUGGCUGGUCCGGGUCCCGCCGCCUCCGACCAAAAAGAAAAUGCAAACGGACGACAAGUUUUUCGUGGUUGUGAAGGAGGCAGACAUGUUCUGUCGGCAGUCUCUCGCCGACAUGGCCGAUGUCGAGAAACUGUCGAUCCUCGACGACAUUCUCGCACUAAGGGGAGUGUUCGUGCAAUCCGUGGGCGACCAUCUGAAGCGUCAGCAUAAACCUGGAAUUAAAGAAAUGGUCGCGAUGACGAAAGUGGACCGUGUGAUGCUCCGUAUCUUCCACUACAUCUUGUUCUUUGAAACGGAGCAGAACGAACGUGGUGUAGUGGAGUACGUGAACACUUGCAAACGUACUCUUCCACACGAGAAGGAGUCCAUCGACGACGCAAAGAGAUUGUACGAUGAUGACAGGUUCCCUAAAUCUUUCGAAAAGUUUGUCCGUUCCAUCUUGCGACGGACGGAAGAAGAAGUUCGAGACACGAUCAGGGUCAGCGGGGAUGUGAGGCACAUCAAAUGGCCCGACCUCAACCGGGUGACCAGCCUAAUUCCUUCCGCUUUCCCGCCUUCCCAAACUCACAGUCAUGUCACUGCGAUCCGUGAGGUUGUGCGACAUUACGUGCGCAACCUGUACGCCCUCGAUUUGUGUGAUCCCACACUCCUCACAGACUGGCGAGAAGACGAUUUCGCCAACUUGCAAGGCCUUCUACAAACACUUUCGCCAACACACUGGGCAAUUGUGAUCUUUUUCCCCUCUCGUUGGGAACUCAGUUUCUUGAAAGGCAUGGCCAGGCUUAGCGUCCAUCACGUCAGGACAGGGAAGUGGGUACGUAAUGCACAAAAGCAGGCCAAUGUCCGGGAAGGCAAUAUGCUGGUUGAGGAGUGUGACCGCCUGUACGUGAUAUUUAAUGGCGAGAAGCUGGAAGACAACACAUACGCAGUCUACUUGGCCAGUAGCCCGACAAAGGCUUCCCGUUCCCAAGGUCCUAGUCCGACCAAACACACGGUGGUGGCCCGCUCGAAACCUGUGUAUUCGUCGGACCCAUCAGGACAGGCUGUGGCGUGUUUCGACGUGGCGGAAGAGGAAAGGUUCUCUCGUAGCAUGUGGGAGGACGGUGGCGUGAGAAGUUCUCAAGGACCUGCUCACGGGGAGAUGGAGCGAAACCCGUCCCGUCUACUUGGUCUACUCGAAAACUUUUGCAAAGUUGGGCAAACUGUUUUUUUCUUUGGGAAGGCGCAUGCGUCUGUCGUGUGGGGACUCCUCCGCACCCGUUGGAACGUCAUCGCGUUGGAGAAGGAGGCGAGGAUGAUCGACUACCUUCACGAGUUCGUGAAGACACGCGUUGCAGACACUUGCAAUGCUUGCGAGUUUGUCCGCACCACCUGCGAACGAAACUGGGAUCCCAAACGUGACAUGUAUUGGAAAUUGUCGGGGAACAAAAGGACGGACGUUUGGGACUUCCUUUUCGGACCCGGACCGCUUGGUCCAACCGACCUCGAAUACAGUCGACGGAGAAACCUGGUGUUCGCUGUGCUCAAUGGAUACCACGGUGCACCCAGGGAGUCUGUCUCGCACUUCUUGAGAAGGCUGGAGCACGUUUACUUCAUGCUGGCCGAACCGCUCACUCUCGAAAACUACAAGUCACAGUUUGACGAGGAGGACCCUUUCGACGUUGAAGACAUGAAGGAGAUGAGCGACUCCGAAACCUUCGAUUUUGAGUCCAUGCCACUUCCUCGGGUGGUUGGACAGGUUGGUGAUGAAGAGGAAGGUGGCCCUCGGAGACAUAUCACGUCCCCUGCCGGUUUGAAGCGUGUGUUUCGGGGCGAACCAGUCGACAACCAAUCGUCUGAUGACGAGGAGGAAGAGAGAGACUAUGAUCACGAACCUUGUGACAGGCUCCCUGUGGACCAUGACACUUGGCAGAAUGACAGACUCUACUUCUUCGGCAAGCAUCACCGGUUCACGUCGGAGGAUGUCUGGGGACACAACGUCGUCUGGCACCCGAGGAUAUUCCAACCUGCUGUGAGGAAUGGAAUAUGGGUCAUGGCAAUAAAGGAGGCCGAUGGCAAGUGGAGUGGAUUGAAGAGACUGGGAGCGGGUGCAUUUAAGAGAAAGGCAAGAACUGCUCUGGUGGAGCAUUUGAGUCUCAUGAACCCUGAGAGGAAUGAUCCGGACGUCGAUGCGUAUGCGGAACAAAAGCUACAUGAGUUGUACGUCAACAACAUGUUGGGGUUUCGAGCGCCUUUCUACGCACUCGAAACGACAUUGUCUGGUGGCAUUGACUGGCGCAUGCCGCAACCUCCAUCGGUCGGUCAGCAUCCGGGAGGGGGUGGUGGAGGAGACGAAGGAGACGGCGGAGGUGGCGGAGGAGACGGCUCACAGUUUGCCGAAAAGGGGACGGGCGAGACAUCGUCCGUAGAGGAGGCGUCCGGCGGAAAGGGGUCCGACGGAAAGGGGUCGGGCGGAAAGGGGUCGGGCGGGAAGGGGUCGGGCGGAAAGGGGUCGGGCGGAAAGCGUAGAACGUCCGGGAGUCCCCAGUAUAUGGAAACUGACCCCCACUGCGUAGGGAGUCGAGAUUCCGACAUGCGAGACGAGGCCACCCUGACGUCUGAUCAAGUGCGAGUAGAUUCGCACUUGUCUGCGAGGAGUUUGUUUCCUAUUGCCCAGGAGAGUCCAUCCCGUUGUGCACAGCAGAGGUCUCCUGUGUUCAACAUCUUGCUCCUGAAAGAGGGCGCGUCUUCGUUUUGCCUGGAGGGUGGGAUGCCUGCAUUGCGAAGGAGCGAAGUGUUGGAGACCAGGGGUAGCGAGUGUGAACGUCAUGCUUCGGAGGGUGCGUCCGUGGACACUGACAGCGAGAGUGAAGGAGCUCCGGGGGAAAUGCAUGCUGUACAGCGGGGAAAGGAGACUCGACACAGGCCGGAUCGUGAAGACGUGAAGUGGCUCCACGCACGAGCGCUGGUGAUCGGGACGUCCGAAGAGGUUCUGCACAAUCGCUCGGCUGUGGCCACGACGCGAGAGGGUGUCGUUAAGGGAGGUCAGUGGACGUUCGUGCAAGCUCCCGUUCUUGGUGACGACGAAGACGAAGAAGAACCCGCGGUGGAAGCGCGGGUUCAUGGCGAUGAGAAAGGCGGAGAACCCGUGGUGGAAGGUGGUGAGGUGAUUGUCGACAUCCGGACGGAUCCACAGCGGAAAGAUGGUGAUUCUUCGCCCACCCGUUGCGGUGAAGAACAGGGUGGUCGAGCAUCUGUCCUGAGCACCACUCGGGGAAUGGUGAUUCAUGAAGCCAUAGAGUUGGGUGACGACUCGGCAGCCACCGAGCUGGUUAGCGACUCAGUCGUGGCCGAGAUCCAGAACGCCGAAUCCUGUGUGGAAGGCGAUGAGGUGGCCGUCAGCAUCAAGAUGGAUCCAGAGCGGAAAGAUCAUGAUUCUCCGUCCACCCGUUGCGGUGCCAAACCGGGUGAUCGAGCAUCUGUCCUCAGUACCGGUCGGGAAAUGGUGCUUCAUGAAGCCAUCGACUUGCCAAGCGACUCAGUUGCCACCGAGUUGGUUAGCGACACAGACGUGGCCGAGGUCCAGCACCUCGAAUCGUCCGUGGACGUUGGCGCAGUGGCGCGACAGGAGGGCGAGUUCCCUCAAAGGGCUCCCGAGCACGCACGGCUAUCCCGACUUCUGAUCAUACACUGGUUGGCCAAUAGUGAGUAACACAGUCACUUCUCCUUUUUUUAAUAAGAACACUCUCCGGAAUCGAACCCUAAUUCUCCGUCACCCGUUACCACCAUGGUAGGCCUCUAUCCUACCAUCGAAAGUUGAUAGGGCAGAAAUUUGAAUGGAACAUCGCCGGCUCAAAGGCCAUGCGAUUCGACAAGUCACCAUGAUUCGCCGCAACAACGGGCAAGCCCGGAUCGGCCUUUUAUCCAAUAAAUACAUCCCUUCCAGAAGUCGGGAUAUGCUGCACGUAUUAGCUCUAGAAUUACCACGGUUAUCCGAGUGGUAAGGAGACCACCAAAUAAAUGAUAAYUGAUUUAAUGAGCCAUUCGCAGUUUCACAGUGCAAAGUGUUCACACUCAGACGCGCAUGGCUUAGUCUUUGAGACAA